GCUAUCGAUAUGUGAUUUUGGAUAUCCCGCUCCUCUUUGAGAGCAAAAUGCUGACCAGAUUCAUGAAGCACACAGUUGUUGUGUAUUGUGACCCACAAGUCCAGCUGUCUCGCUUGAUGCACAGGAAUGGGCUGACUCAGACAGAGGCAGAAGCACGCAUUUUUGCCCAGAUGCCUCUUGCUCAGAAGGUCAAGUUGGCUGACCAUGUCAUUGAUAAUUCAGGAGAUGCUGAGACCACCAAGAAGCAGGUCCUUAAAUUACACACAGAGUUGGAGAAGUCCUUGGAGUACCUUAUGGUGCGAUUAUUGGCUAUAGGAGCAACAGUGGGCGUGGGAGGUCUCAUAUACUUUCUAGUGCAGCAGCUUGUGUAAUAGGCUGUUCUUUCAUGAUCAAAGAGGGGAGAGGAAAUCUAAUUUAGAUUGCAUUGCAUUUAUGCACUAAAGAUUUAUUAUAGGACAAGAAGGGAUUUUAGUGGGGACUUGUUUUAGUAAGUGGACUGCUGGGUUAGGGGUGAUGAUUGGGAAACAUUACAUUAAUUUAAUAAGCAAACAAUUAAAGGGCUGUUAUAUUAGUUUUUGAGAAUAACUACAAGAUUUUUUUAAAAAAAUCUUAUCGUUGGAUAAGAUCUGCUAUUAAUCAUCUCUUAGAAACAUUUACUUUUGUGGCUAGUAAUAGCACUUAGACUUAUAUACCGCUUUGCAGAGCUUUACAGCCCUCUCUAAGCGUUUUAUGGAGUCAGCAUAUUGCCCCCAACAAUCUGGGUUCUCAUGUACGUAAAUCAACAUCCAUAUUACUUCUACAGGAGUGGGUGAGAAGUAAACGUAACACCUCCUACAAGGAAAUAAGGAAUCAAAUCUGCAGCUUUUCAGUAAGACAUUAUGCUGCUUCAUAUUGUGUAAUGUCUUUUUAUUAAAAUGACUAAUUGAACUCAAUGUUACAUAACCAGUUUAUCUUCAAAUAUAGUUCUUUUAUUUAACAUUAUAUCUAUCAGUCUAAGAUGAGUAUGAGCGAAUGUAAUGUAAUGCUGUAAUCUAUCGGUAAUGUAAUAUUUUAAAGUUUCCUAUAAUCAGGGAAUCUUGACUACUUCGCAUGUCUGCAAAGGUUUUGAGACACUCACAAGAUUUCUGUAAGUAUAAUGGAGAUGCAGAGAAACACUGCAGAGUCCACUUUUGAAACACAAAUUCAGGUGAAACAUACUCCUAUAAUCUUAUAGUUAGAGCGCUUUGGAACAUGCCUAAGAUACUCUUAAGAUUGUAUAUUAUUAUCUUAUUCUACUGCACCAAAAACUUGAGAGUACUUGAGAGACCGCCUGCUGCCAAUUACCUCCAAUA